UCCAUGUCAAAGUUCAAACACUGAACAGGCUGCCGAGUGGGUAGCUGUGCAUCAUCUUCUGUUUCCAGUGUCCACCAUCUUUCUCUUUCAUCUGAUUCAAGUAAUUGGCAUUGAAACCCUCGUCAAGGGCCUUAACUUCAUUUUAGGUUCGAGGCUCCUUCAUUGUUGGAAACUACCCCUUGCACGUCUCUGCCUUUUUGAAGAGUGCCCAAUAUACGACCGCGCAAUAAUGUCUCUAUCAAGCAGAUUGCAGAGUAUGCGGUUUAUGCAACGAGCAAAAGUCAAGGACGAUGUCAAGAAGAAAGAUGAUGAGCCACCUUCUGACGAUAGCCGUUGGGUUGCACCUGUGCGAGAUGCGGACGGAGGAGCAGAGUGCAUGGUUCUUGUGGAAGGUGAUCCAAAGCCGGGAGCGCUUUUGGGCCGUAUGUCGUUCAAAAGCUACAACCCAGUGAUAGAGAAAUUGAGCGAAGAUGCGGAGGAAAGCGCGGCGCGGCGAGAGGGGAAGGGCGGCGCGGCCCAGCACAGCAAAAAGGAGGCGUCCGUUUCGGACGCCGAGAUGGCCGACAAAUUAUCGAACAAGAAAGAGGCGCAGUCGUUGCCAGAUGCUAGGAAAGGCGGAGCGAAAACGCCGCAAUCCAUACGGGGGGCGCGAAUCAAAGAGGAGCAAAGUUCACCGCAGGCGAAGCGGCAAAAAGUGGAGGGAUCAAGGAAACCUUAUCGGACUUGACCUUGUUCUGUUUCACGCAAACGCCUGUACUUGGCGCGCAUACCUUCCGCAUAUCUGGUCGGAGAUCCGGCGCUGGCUUUCCAGUCCUUACUAGUCCUAGUUAAUCCAUGCGCACUCACUGCAUUUGA